AGUGGAGAAAGAGAUUGGAAAGGCGGGAAUAAAAACUUAAAUCAUCUAUCAAAUCAAGUUACGAACUGGCACUAGUACGGAUUAGAGUUGAUGAGUAAACCAUGAAAACCCAAACUCAGGACACCCCAAUAAAAUAUCAGGAGCACCUGAAGAGACAAAGUGACAUUCUGUCAUUCCAAACGAAAAAGCUGUCAUCAAAACAAUCUGACUUCAGUAGCAAAACUGCCACUCUUAAAGAGAACAUUAAGAAGAAAUAUGAUGACAUGAAAAGGAUUUUGGAUGAUGACCUGCAAAUUACAUUGAGCCAGCUGGACACUGAGGCAGAGGCCAUGGAGAGAACUGUUGAGGACAGGAUUGAGAAGUGUUACCAUCUAACCCUGGAAAUUGACCAACAGCUGGCUGAACUAUCUGCACAGCUGGAGAAAGAUAAACAACAGUGUCAAGAGAAGAUUUCAGAAAUGGAAGGAAGGGUAAUGAAGACUCUGAAGAAGACAGAUCCAGAGUUAAUACAGAUGGAUGAGUUUAAGAAUGAGCAGCUACUUGAUUUAACCCUUAACCUGUUGCUGUUCAUACGCUCACAGGUUCCUGUCACCAAGAAACUUUUCCAAAGCUAUGCCCAAGAAGUUGUUCUGGAUCCUGAGUCAGCUCACCCUAAGCUUAUUAUUUGCCCUGCAGGAGAAUCAGUUACUUAUACCGACACCUGGCAGGAAGUUCCUGAAAAUCCCUCUCGCUUCGACACCACCCUGAACGUGCUAAGCCGAAAGGCCUUUCAGGAUGUUCGCAACUAUUGGGAGGUGCAGGUUACUGGCAAGACAUACUGGGAGCUAGGGAUCGCAUACCCUAACAUUCCCAGGAAGGGACGAGAGGAGGACUGCUGGCUGGGCCGGGGCCCAACGUCCUGGUGCAUUGAGUAUUUUAAUGCCGAUUACACAGCCUGGCACAAUGGCGUUCCCCAUCAUCUCACCCAUUUAUCUGGGAGAAACUUUGAGCGCAUUGGCAUCUUCUCCAGCUCAGAAGGAGGCUUGGUUUGUUUUUUGGGGGCCGACACCAUGACACCCUUAUACAGCUUUUGUGCAGGAACCUUCACAGAUUCACUCUACCAAGCUGUCUGUCCUGGCCAUGACAACCAGGGGACGAACAACAAACCAUUGCUGCUUUGUGAUGCUUCAAAGUCCACUUCAAUGUUGAGAUGGACAACCAAUAAGAACUAAG